CCACCUCCACCUCCACUGCCACCCUCCUCGCUUCCGCCGCGGCGUACACCACCGACCAAAAUGGCCGGGGCAAAACCCCACUUUGCACCGCACGCCGCUUACGCCGCCUCCGCCUCCGCCCCCGCCCCCACUGCCGCCCCCGCCUCUGAUUCCAGCUCCAGCGCAAGCGCCGACGCCGGCGCUGACGUCAUCGUCUUCCGCCUCCUCCUGCCCAGGGCCUUUGGCGACGAAGACGCCUUUCACCUCUACGCCGCCAUCGCCCCGCUCCGCCGCAACGCCGCCGCGCUCCAGGUCCGCGUCGAUGCCCUCCAAGGUUACCCCGAAGACUCCGCCAGCCGCGUCGCGGUCGUCCUCGGCCCCACCUCUCCCAGCCGCCGCGUCGAGGCCUCCUCCUCCUCCUCCUCCGGCGAGCCCCUGCAGCUCUCGCCCGUGCAGGAGGCCCUCGUCGCCCUCGUCGACGUCGGCGGGGUCCUACACCGCGUCGUGGGCCGGGGCCCCGAGUUCGUGACAUGCCUGGUCCUGGUCGAGGCCGCCCGACUCGACGACCAAGGGAGGUGGACUCUGAGGGCAAUCACCAGCGAGACUGGCGCUGAGAUUCGCUUCAAAUCGUUGGCAGGGGACGCGAAGCCGAGCCUGCAUUCUCCCGACGAGGUCCUUGAGAUAACUGGAGAUAGAACUACCAUAAGGAAAGCUAUUGUUGCUUUGUCUAGCUAUGUUCAAGGUGAUUUACACGCUGGCACCUUAACAAAUUCUGUUACGACAGCAAGCGCAGAGCUCCCGAGGACAACUUUGGAAGUGCCUGAGACGAAUUUCGGAGCUUUGCACUCAGGGGGGUCCACUCAGUAUGCAAAGAGCAGUAUCCCUAGGAUUGAUAGUCCACAAGGUGUUACUGGAGAUGUCAAAAGUAAACAUCAACAACAGAUUUCGUUUAGACUUCUCUGUCAUGUCAAUCUUGCUGGAGGUUUGAUUGGCACGAAGGGCCUGCUUAUCAAAAGCUUUGAAUCCGAAACUGGAGCUUCGAUUGACGUCGGUAAUCCUUACAGUGGUUGCACGGAACGUGUGAUAACAAUCUCUGCCCUAGAGAGUCCAGGACCAUACUCCACAGUGCAGAGGGCAAUGCUUUGUAUCUUCGAAAGAAUGGAGGAGGUGGAAAGAAAUGGGCACUCUACAUUCGGCAAGCCAGGGUACUCAACCAGGGUGCUUGUGCCCAAAAGCCAAUUUUAUUGGUUAGUUGGUUUAGGUGGUGCGGUAAUCCAGGAAAUUGUGAAGUCAACAGGAGCAGGAAUUGAGAUAAUGGAUGAGGCAGAUGUUCCAGCUUGUGCCUCACACUGUGAACGUGUUCUGCAGAUCACUGGGGAAUUAGUGGAUGUCAGAAAGGCUUUAAUAGUUCUUAGUGACAAACUUCGUGAUUAUGCUUUCUCUUCUAAGAGCACCAAGUACGAUGAUGCUAAUGCUACAUCUUCAGAUAUUACUGAAUCAACUCCAAGCAGACAGGUCAAAAUUUUUUCAACCAGCUACAGUUCAACUGUGAAUUUCCCAAUGAUUGAUCAUGGGCCCUCUUUAAAUCAAAUGAACUCAGUAGAGAACUCCUUCUGUGCCUUCCACUUGGGAUCUCCUGGUUCUUCAGAACUUGAGAAAUCUGCUAAUGCGAAUGACGUUGGUAUCAUGAAAUCAAAAAAUGCGGUACAGAAAUCUGCUGGCGGGAGUGGUGCUAUUACUAUCACUGGGGUGCAGAAACCUGCUGAUGGGAGUGGUGACAGAAUUAAUAACUCAUGUAUCGGGAUUACAUCUCCAGAGGACAACAAAUUUUCGAGUCACCAGAGAAUCAAGGAUCCUGUUGUAAUUAGAAUGACAUACGAGGUUGCUGCUUGUCAGAGGGUUUUAUGUAUUCUCUAUGGAGAUGACGGAUACUACCUGGCCCAGCUCAGACAGAUCUCUGGUGCAGACAUUACCGUUUACGAUCCACCUCCAGAGACCAGUGAUGGUAGCAUUAUUGUGAUAUCUGGAACGCCAGAUCAGGCGCAAUUAGCCCUGGCUGCACUCAUUGACCUGACCAAGAAAAUGACGUCAUCAUCAUCAGAUCCCCAAGCUUGAGCACAGAGUCUGCUAACUUUGUGAUCAUAAUUUUUGAGGAAUGAAGAUGCUAAAUUUGUGUGAUGCCAAUAGAUAUUACUGGCGUAAACUUGCUAUAUUUUAUAUGUAAAUGUGCCUGGUGGCGAGGGGGGAUAUCUGGAAUCACGUGGCAGAGUGGUCUCUGACAUGCGUUUUGACAACGACUAUUUUUCGUCUCGUCACCUGUUACGUACUUGCAUGUGGAGCUUGCCUCUUUGCAACAGUUUAUUUUUGUCGUCUAGAGUUUUCGGUGUCCUUGCGCUUGCACAGUUGCACUCACAGUAUUUUUGAAGUACUCAAAGAAUACUUUAGAUUCUAAAAAAUACUGAAGUGUUAAAUGCUUCAGGAUGUUUGGAUCCAACAGUACUAUGGUUUAAAAACACCUUUCCUAAAUUUCAGCUAGCUGAAAUCACAAUUCGUGUCAAGUCAGAUCGCUUCCCGCUCGUUUCUGAACUAUGGCACGGAUCUCGUCGUGCACUUGUCUCCCCACCGUUUUUGUGAUCCUGGUUUUGUUAGUUGGUCCGGUUUUUUCCUGGUCUCUCUUGUCGGCAGCUAUUCCCUUCAUGUUCCGUCUCCCCUUAUCUCUUUCAGGGGAGAGAGAGUGUCAGUCGGGGUGGUGGUGAGCUCUCUCAUGGCGGAGGGAUGGGGUUCUCCCGCUGGGGGAAGGUGAAAUCGGUGAAGACCGACGGAGCGAGCAACCGGGAGGAAUCCGCUCGCUCUCUCAUCCACAUGUUUUAUCGCUGUCUGGGUGUGCGAAGAAGAAUGGGUUUGCGUGGAGGCUGGGGAGCUUGAUUCCUCCAUGCCGAAACUUCGAGCAAGGACCACUGUUUCGAGGCGGUGGUAUGAGGCAGCUUCCCUGGGCGGAAGUGUACCUUUCUUCUUCCUUUGCGUCCCUUUCUAAUCUCGGAUGCAUGCCCCCGUGAUAUUUUCCCCCAAUUUUUUCUACUGUUUUUAGGCCAUGCUUGCGACUGCAGCUGCUAGGCGUGUUGCGAGGUUCAGUUAAGAAGUUCGGUUUAGAAGGAAUGUUCUUCAAUACGACAGUGAUUGUAGUGCUAGUUUCUAAUAUGUACACUUGCAUCACCUCAGCCAGUGUAUAUUUAUAUGAAAAUUCCGUUCUCCUCUUCCUCGCCCAGUUACGCGGACAAAAGACUUGUUUGAGAAGUACCCAGUUGUUCACUUACAGGAGAUAGAGCAGUUUCAGUACAUGAAAAAAUGUACUUUCAUUUGGUUUAUUUCCUUUCGUAUAAGAACAAAGACUGUGAUCAGUUUACCUUUCUAUGUGAUGCCGUGAGCAUCUGAAGA